AGUUAGGAGAUCCCCAGUGACUUGGGAGAAGAUGCGUCAGUGGGAAGACUUUGCAAAGGAUUUAGAGGCAAAUAUAGGGUAGUCAGUGGAAGCACUUAUUGUAGAUGGCUAAUCAUGUGAGAUUUUUGAUUGUUUUUAGAAUGGGGGAGCAUGGACAUGUGGGUGAAGCAGCUGGAAAGGAUCCAAUUGUUGGGAAAGAUUAAAUUGUGUCCUAGAGGUGGGGAGAGGGAAAAGAAAGGGAAAAAAUGAGGGAAAGGGAGAUGGGAAGUGAGAGAGACUGAGGGCUGGACUGAAGGGAAAGGGGAAAAGGAAAGAGAUAAAAGGAGAAAGAAAGAAAGAAAGAGAGAAGAAGAGAAGAAAGAGAACAAGAAAGGAGGAUUAAAAUGUUCUGGCAAAGCUGAUAGAGGAUGGUAUUAAGAGUGUUUUCAGCCACAUUCACCUUGAUUGGGACGAAAACUUCACAAAGGCGGAGAAAGCACAAGAUCACGAAUGGAUGGACGCUAGACCCUAAGGCUUUAGAAGUAUUCAGGGAUUGCAAAGAACCAAGGCCACAUGGAAGCCAAGCAUUCUCUUUCUUCUGGAGCAAGUGCCCAGGUAGCAGAGGAUGGGUUUUUGGCUUCUUUGAAGAUGUUAGAUGUGGGGAAGUGGCCAAUUUUUGCCCUUUGCUCUCCAGAUGAAUUGAAGUUAAUUCGUCAGGCCUGUGUCUUUGGCAGUGCUGGAAAUGAAGUUCUGUACUCUACCGAAAAUGAUGAGGUCUUUGUGCUCGGCACCAACUGUAGCGGCUGCUUGGGCACAGGAGAUAUUCUGCACUCCAUCGAACCACGGCGGAUUGAUCACUUAUGCGGCAAAAAAAUAGUCUGCUUGAGCUAUGGAAGCGGCCCUCACGUCGUCAUUGCAACAGAUGAAGGAGAAGUGUAUACCUGGGGCCAUAAUACUUAUGGCCAGUUGGGCAAUGGAACAACUAAUCAUGGUUUAAUACCCAUUCAUAUCUCUACCAAUAUUGGAAACAGGAAAAUCAUUGAAGUGGCCUGUGGAUCUCACCAUUCCUUGGUACUGACAUCUGAUGGCGAGGUGUUUGCCUGGGGUUAUAAUAACUCAGGACAGGUUGGCUCUGGCUCCACAGCCAACCAACCCAUUCCUCGAAAAGUUACUGGCUGCUUACAGAACAAGAUGGUCACCACCAUAGCGUGUGGCCAGAUGUGCUCCAUGGCUGUGGUGGAGAGUGGUGAGGUUUACGUCUGGGGAUACAAUGGAAACGGGCAGCUCGGACUGGGCAGCAGCGGCAAUCAGGCGACGCCCUGUAGAAUAGCCGCUUUACAAGGCAUUCGGGUGCACAAGAUCGUCUGCGGCUACGCACACACCUUAGUGCUGACGGACGAAGGCCAGCUGUACGCGUGGGGAGCCAACUCGUACGGCCAGCUGGGCACCGGCAAUAAAAGCAACCAGUCUUACCCGACUCUGGUCAACGUGGAAAAGGACAGAGUGAUUGAGGUCGCUGCCUGCCACUCUGCCCACACCUCUGCGGCCAAGACCCAGAGUGGCCACAUCUACAUGUGGGGCCAGUGCCGGGGCCAGUCCGUGACCAUCCCACACCUCACGCACUUCUCCUGCACAGACGACGUGUUUGCCUGCUUCGCCACCCCAGCUGUGUCGUGGCGCCUCCUCUCUGUUGAGCCGGACGACCACCUUACAGUCGCACAGUCACUAAAGAAAGAGUUUGAUAACCCUGAGACUGCGGACUUGAAGUUUCUGGUGGAUGGAAAAUAUAUUUACGUGCAUAAGGUUCUUCUCAAAAUUAGGUGUGAACAUUUUCGUUCUGUAUUGAAUGGCAAUGAGGAUGACAUUGUAGAAAUGGACGAAUUUUCCUAUCCUGUUUACCGAGCCUUUCUGGAGUACCUGUACACAGACUCUAUCAACCUCUGCCCAGAGGAUGCGAUAGGGCUGCUGGAUCUGGCUACUUUUUAUAGAGAUAACCGAUUGAAAAAGCUCUGUCAGCAAACUAUCAAGCAAGGGAUCUGUGAGGACAAUGCCAUUGCUCUGCUUUCAGCCGCCGUGAAAUACGAAGCCCAGGAUUUAGAGGAAUUCUGCUUCCGAUUUUGCAUCAAUCAUUUGACUGUAGUUACACAAACUUCAGGCUUUGCAGAAAUGGACCAUGACCUUCUGAAGAACUUCAUCAGUAAGGCAAGCCGAGUUGGAGCCUUUAAAAAUUAAUCAGCAGCUACAGCCAAGAAAGGAACACUCUGGUUCCUUCCAAUUCCUGUCCAAAAGCUUGAGAAGAACAGCUUUCACUUAAGUAAUGGCUCCCUCAGUUACCCCUAGCAGAGUUCCCAUCUUCCGAGGACUGAAGUGGGAGUCAACUCUUUUCUAUCUAUUGCCCAGAGUCCAAAGUUUACAGAGAAAGUUGAAAAUGAGUCAGUGCUACCACGUCGGCCCCAGGCUCUGGCUCGACAUGCCACCCCUUAGGAGCUUUUCCUCUUUCCUUUUCGAGUCACUGCAGACAGAACACCUUUACUGGUUCUUGGCAACCGCAGCCUCAGGCCCUGGGACUGUGGGAUGAUCCAUUCUCCAGAUUGGCAUCCUGGGGAUAGCUUAGUGGCACAGAGCGGCUCGCUUUCCCUGCACAUGAGGCCCAAAGCUGGGGUUCUGAUGCGGCUUUAGAGUCGCUCAGAAUGAAAAAAGCCGGUCUGGAACAAGUAGAAAGUGUCCGUAUGUGCACAGUUCUGGUCAGGAGCGGGGUUACUCUGGGACAGCCUGCUGAGCCCUAGUGACUAAUUCGCGAACACUCAUUGGCCUCAUAAAGGCGGUGCCAGUGCCAGACGCGGAGGCCCAGGGGCCGCUUUUAGUCCGUAGCUAUUUUUUUUAAACGGGGUCGUGAACUUUUCCUAUGGAGUUAUUAACAUGGAGCCUUGAUUCUGAGUGCGUGUCAUUUGGAGCUCAUCUGCCUUACAUCACUAGAGCCUCCUUGGCUUCCCUUUGGGUUCACAGGGUGUUCUUCCCAGCAUAGUGACGGCUAUUUUGUAUAUUCUUUAAGACUUCGGGGUUACUCUGAAACGGGUCAGUCGUGCUGGAACCAGAAAUUAGACGGGAACUUUCAGCCAAAGGCGGAAAAGGACCCAGGACUCAUUUUAAUGGAAACGAUUGACACGGUAGAUGUUCAGGUUCCAGUUCAAGUGAUCUAAUUGGAGCAGUAAAACUCGAAUGGAAGCUAACAAAGAAAUAGAAAACAGUACAGAUCCCAGGGCCACAUUCUGUAAAGGGAAACAUUUUAGAACUAGAAAUCGCCACCUCUGCGGAUCCAGUGUGGGAUAAGGAAGUGCUUAUCUACAGAUAAUCGUAGAACAAAUGUCUUUUUGCCCAACAAGAGGAAAAGUGAAAAAUACUAGCAGUUCUUUGCCUCUUACAUGCAAAUAAAUCCAUCUGGUAUAUGA